UCCUCAACUCCUCCCUUCCCCGCCCUACGACGUCGAUAUGACGUCAGCGGGGUACCUUCAGCCCUGGGAAUCUUACCCUAACCGAAAAAAGAAAUGGUACUGAUUAUAUCACUUUCUGUUAAAUCAGAAGAUAAAAACAAUCUCGGACAGUGCUGUAACUGACUACUGUAAAGAAAUGAACAUUUUCCUGUAACACAAAUGAAGCACCGGAGUAACACGCUGCUUUUGUUUUACAUCUUAAAAUAUUUUUUGUACUGCAAUGAAGAAAAAAAGAAGCACAUCUGAAAACUUUACCAUCCAGGCAAACUCUGAACACAGCAGCUGUGGCUCUGAAAGUGCACAUGAAGAAAGCAGAAGUCUUAAUCCUGUAACUUGCUCCUCACAAGGAGGAGGCAGUACUUAUGAUUCUUCUAAAGAAUCAGUUCCUUCACUGAAGCAGAAAAAACUAUUUUGUUCUUUGCAGUACAACAAAAAUUUAUUGAAAUACUUAAAUGAUGAUCGUCUAAAGCAGUGUUCAUUUUGUGACUUGUCUAUUAUAGUAGAAGGAGAACAGUUUAAUGUUCAUAAGGUCGUGGUUGCUGUUGGAAGUAGUUAUUUUCAUGCUUUCUUAAGCAAAAAUCCAAAUAUAGACUUUCUUACACUGGACCAUGUGAAUCGUUUUGUCUUCCAGCAUUUGCUUGAGUUUCUCUACACAUCUGAGUUUUAUAUUUAUGAAAGUGAGAUUCCCAUGAUCCUAGAAGCUGCUAAGUUCUUGGAUAUUACAGAUGCUGUUAAAUUGCUAGAUAUUCAAGAGUCACCCAUUUCUUCCCAAACCAAAGAGACAGUUGAAAACUCAUUUGAGCAAACUAAUGAAACAGUUGAAUGUGCAUCUAUAAAUGAAGUGAUUGAAACUGUAUCAGACUCAAACGUGAAGCUAAGUUCUACUCACCAGUGUUCAAUCUGUAAUCGAAAUUUCUGUUACAGAAAGUCAUUGGAGAACCACUUAAGUAAAGCUCAUAGUUCACUUUCAUUAGACAAAGAAUGUGAAGGUUCAAAGGUAGAUGAGAAAACUGAAGUUUUUGCAAGACGAUCUACUCGUGCUCGAAAGUGCCCACCAAAAUUUCAAAAAAGCAAUGAUAAUGACAGUGUUGCAUCUUCCACUGAUAACUUGGAGAAAAGUGGUAGUGAAAAGGAUGAGCAGGAUAAAGAUUCUGAGAGUUCAGGAAAUGAAGAUAAUGUUGAAGAAGGAGUAAAGGAAGAAUCAUCGGACGAAGAAAUGGAGCAGAGUCAGAAACAUGAUGAAGAUGAUGAUGACGAAAGAGUGCAUAAAGUUUUAGAAGGAAAUUUCCCAGAGGGGUUAACGCCAUUUCUAAAUGUGAUUGGUGGCAAAAAAAUGCUGAAAUGUCCUAAGUGCGAUAAAACAUUUGAUCGUGUAGGGAAGUAUGAAAGUCAUACACGUGUACAUACCGGGGAAAAACCCUUUGAGUGUGAUAUUUGUCAUCAACGCUACUCAACAAAAUCAAAUUUAAGUGUUCACCAAAAGAAACACAGCAGUGGGGUUGAAGUUCAUAAGAAAGAGCACAAGUGUCCAUGCUGUAAUAAGUUACAUGCAAGCAAGAAAACAUUGUCCAAGCACAUAAAAAGGUUUCAUCCUGAUAACGUGCCUGAAUUCCUUAUGUCAAAGAAGAAGAAGACAGAAUCUUGGAAGUGUGAGGUUUGUAACAAAUCAUUCACAAGAAAGCCACAUCUGGAAGAGCACAUGAUACUUCAUACUCAGCAUAAGCCCUUCAAGUGUACCUAUUGUGAGGAGCAUUUCAAGUCACGGUUUGCAAGACUAAAGCAUCAGGAAAAGUUUCACCUUGGUCCUUUUCCUUGUGAUGUUUGUGGCCGUCAGUUUAAUGACACUGGGAACUUAAAACGACAUAUAGAAUGCACUCAUAGAGGGAAGAGAAAAUGGACCUGUUUCAUCUGUGGAAAGUCUGUCAGAGAAAGAACAACUUUGAAAGAACAUCUGAGAAUUCACAGUGGUGAGAAGCCGCAUCUUUGUAGCAUCUGUGGGCAAAGCUUUCGACAUGGAAGUUCUUACAGACUGCACCUAAGAGUUCAUCAUGAGGACAAGAGGUAUGAAUGUGGAGAAUGCGGAAAAACAUUUAUUCGGCAUGACCACCUGACAAAGCAUAAAAAAAUACACUCAGGAGAAAAGGCUCAUCAAUGCGAAGAAUGUGGCAAGUGCUUUGGCCGUAGAGAUCACCUCACAGUGCAUUACAGGAGUGUUCAUCUUGGGGAAAAAAUCUGGCAAAAGUAUAAAGCAACCUUUCAUCAGUGUGAAGUAUGCAAAAAGGUAUUCAAAGGAAAAUCAAGUUUGGAAAUGCACUUUAGGACACACUCGGGUGAGAAGCCUUAUACGUGUCAUAUCUGUAACCAGUCCUUUAGAAUUAAGAAGACAUUAACUAAACAUAUGGUCAUUCACUCAGAUGCCCGUCCAUUCAACUGUACAGACUGUAGUGCAACAUUUAAACGAAAAGAUAAGCUGAAGUAUCAUAUGGAUCAUGUGCAUGGAUCAAAGAAUGCUGGACGUUCACCUGUACGUGAACCAGAAGAUAAACUGGUAACCUUACCUGUCCACUAUGCAUCUGAUUCUAAAGUCUACCAGACUGAAGCUAAGGAGUACGUGGAAACCACCAAGGUUUAUCAGACAGAAGCCAAACAAAUGUUACCGAACAUUUCUGGAGAUGUGUGUGUGCCAGUUAUCCUUGUGCCUGUGCAGAUGUCUGAUGUUUCUGCUCAGGCAGAUCCAGUUCAUCAUUCGGCUUCAUUAUCACCUCAGUCACAUGGUAUACUUCCCCACCAGCAGCAGCCUCAGCAGACAGAUUAUCAGAGGGCUACAGAUCUUGCCUUCCUGGAGAAAUACACCCUUACUCCUCAGCCUGCAAACAUUGUUCAUCCCGUUCGGGCCGAUCAGAUGUUAGACCCACGUGAUCAGUCGUACCUUGGCACAUUACUAGGACUGGAUUCUGCUUCCGCUAGCAGUGCUUCCGUUCAGAGCCUGAACACUGACCACCCAUAGUAUGAUUUUGAAAACAUUUCAUGAACCAGCUCACCGCUUCAUGAUAAUGUUGUAAUGUGUCAGCAUGGAAACUUAUUUGUUUAGAGUAGUACAUGGGAGUCACUCUGUGAUGGACUGCACCUUUGUACUCUGCAUGACGUAAAGUGGUACAGAUGUUAAUAUUUUUAAACUUUAAUUUUACAGAUAUCCUAAGUUUAUCUCACAUUUUUAACAAUAUAUGAAUUUCAGAAGUAUUUGGAUUGGGAUGUUUGCCCUUCAUUGCUUAGUUUUAUUAUGCCAUCAUAAGAAACAUUGUAAGCAGAAAUAAAAUCUGGAAAAGAAACCCAUGAAAUUUGA